CCGUUGUAUGUCUUCCGUCGCUCGAAGAGAUGCGUCGAUGAUCUGUGUACUCGACGUGGGUGCCAUGAGAGUCUAUGCCACAUGCCACAUGCCAGAUAUCGGGAAAGCCGAUCGGGACAGCCGGCAAUCUGCCCGAGGAGAUCGGUUCUAAGUAGCCCGUGCAUUCACUCUUUACGACGCGCUCUAGGCGCGUCUCACGUGGAGCAUUGUGUACUGUAGGGACGAAGCUUGCUCGCUUUGUACACGUAGUCUAUCCGGCUCACAUACAGCAACAAGGAAUUGUCGCGAUGCUAGCUAUAGAGCCCCCCAAAUCUACUCGCCAGCUUAAGCCCAACCUUCUCCCAUGCACCAUCCACCAUAACGGCCCCCUCAAGGUCUCCAAGCGCUACUGGUCGCCCAAGAUUAAUGCAGAUGGCACAAGCACAGCCUACCUUCGCGGGCGUAAACUGAAAGGGCGGACUCUCAAGCUACCAACGGGCUAUCAAGGGGUCUUGCUGCAGAAGACCGACCGCGAUCACGUGCCAUCGAACGCAUCAUCUGCCGCUGCUUCUAAGCCUGCGUUGCUGCAUAGUCUUGAGCUUGAUGAGGCAGAGGAAGCGGAGGGGGGUGAAGGCGAGGUCAAGCUAAUGGAGUCGAAAGGCACGUUUGAUGAAGUAAUGGUGUGGGGUCAUGAACUCGUACCGGACGAUGAAGAUGCAUAUGUACGAGGGCUGCGGGAGUGGAUGGCUUUCGCUGAAGCGGUAAGAUAAAACUUACCAGCCCGAGAAGGCGUGUGCUGACAGGCGUAGAUGCAUGCCUACCCCGAGUUAAAGUCAACGACUGCUGAGCCAGCACGCCACCAAGCUUCGACGCUGGAAGUAGAGAAAGGAGGCUGAGCACCGCCUUCUCACACAUGUCAUGAUACGGAA